UGCCUAAGGUCACACUGUCAGUAAACAUGGAACCCAUUUUUGUAACCAAAGCUGUUUGAUCUCUUCAGUAACACUUCAUCCUGCCCUAACUGCAGGGGACCGGGUGAUGGUAUUGAACCGAUCGGGGAUGUGGCAGGAGGAGGUGACUGUGCCCUCAGCCCACACAUUCCUGAUGCCUGAGGCCAUGACAUUUGAAGAAGCUGCUGCCUUGCUGGUCAAUUACAUCACAGCCUACAUGGUCCUCUUUGACUUUGGCAACCUACGGCCUGGCCACAGCGUUUUGGUACACAUGGCUGCAGGGGGUGUGGGGAUGGCAGCCGUGCAGCUGUGCCGUACAGUGGAGAAUGUGACAGUGUUCGGAACAGCCUCAGCCAGCAAGCAUGAGACACUGAGGGAGAAUGGGGUCACGCACCCCAUUGACUACCACACAACUGACUACGUGGAUGAGAUCAAGAAGAUCUCUCCCAAAGGAGUGGACAUCGUCAUGGACCCCCUGGGCGGGUCAGAUACUGCCAAGGGCUAUAACCUCCUCAAACCCAUGGGCAAAGUCAUCACCUAUGGAAUGGCCAACCUGCUGACAGGCCCUAAGCGGAAUCUGAUGGCCCUGGCUCGUACAUGGUGGAACCAGUUCAGUGUGACAGCUCUGCAGCUGCUGCAGGCCAACCGGGCUGUGUGUGGCUUCCACCUGGGCUGUCUGGAUGGUGAGGUGGAGCUGAUCAGUAGUGUGGUUGCCCGCCUCCUGGCUCUGUACAACCAGGGCCACAUCAAACCCCACAUUGACUCGGUCUGGCCCUUUGAGAAGGUGGCUGAUGCCAUGAAGCAGAUGCAGGAGAAGAAGAAUGUGGGCAAGGUCCUCCUGGUUCCUGGGCCAGACAAGAACUAGGGUGUGGGGCUGUGGGACCUUGAGACCUGGGAAGAGAGAGGUUGGGAAGCCCUGUUCUGCUGACCAUCAGACUCCGAUUUCAGCCUCUGUCAUGAUGCUCUGCCCUCCCUCCCCUGAAGGUCUCUGUGGUGAUGACUGCUCCCUGUCCCAUUCUUUCUCUUUGGUCAGGGCUGCCCCCUCCCACUUCCUGCUCUUAGAAGAGGUUGGGAAGUGACCACUUGGAUGUCUGGGCCUUGCCAAGGGGACAGGGAGGGUCAGAGGCAGGCCGCCUGCUUCCUGCCCCCACCCUUUCCCUGGGCCUGCUGUGCUGCUUUUGUGCCAAGGUUAGCCAGUCCCUCCCCAUCCUGCUCUGUGUACUUCCGUCUCAGCCUUGUCUUCCCUCCCGCCCCUGUUCUAACACCUCCCCAAAGAAUUGAAAUGUCAGCUCAGGAAAUGGGGCCAAUCUGUGUGAAUUGAGCAUGUACCUGUCUCUCCCUAGUGUCCCUUCAGCCCGGGCUGACCAGCACCCACCUCUGGGCUUGACUAGUCCCCAAUCUUGUUCUGUCUCCAGCUUCUUAAGCACAAUUGGGCUUCUUCCACCUGCUUUUCUGCCAUUAACCAAGGUUGCCUCUUACAAGGGCAGGAAUCAGACCUACUCCCCUAGGUCAUGGCUCUGGGAGGGAUACAGAGCCACACACCUUCACCCCCUUCACUGAGUUCUCUGGAUUUGUUCUCAGUGCCUUAGCAAUGGAAAACCCAUGCCGGUCGGGGGGGGAGGGGGUCUCUGUGUCCCACCUCCUUCUCCACCCCUGUACUCCCCAGUGCCUUCCUUGUUUUGGUGGACCUGGGGUUUUACUCUUCCCCAGUCCCACAACACUGCCAAAAAUCUGUGUAUAUGCCAGUGAGGGUGGGGGCAGCCCCUAGCCCUGAGGUCAGGGCAAAAGCAGCUGCCCUCACUGUGGUCCAUGCCAUGUCCUGUCUCUGUCGGUGGUUGAGGAGAAAGAGGCGGAGAGCUUUCUCAGCCUCGCAGAUAAGUGUGCCAUUUACCAGCCGGAGCUCUGAGAGGCAGUUCUGCCUGUUUCUUGUUCUGGGACCAAAGUAAAAAUCGAUGCACAUUCCCCUUGCAGUCAAGGGAGGCCCCACUGCCUUCUCAGAGCAAGGGAGGCAGCUUUUCAAACUCAUCCCCAAACUUUGUUUACAUGGGUGGGGAGAUGGAGCAGGGGAAUAAAGAGGGGGGUAGGUAGUUCCUGGGCUGCUGGAACCAAAGUGGGGACUUCCUGGAGUGGGGAUGUAACCCCUUCUGCCUGCUGAGCUGGGAUUAGGGAGGGUUACUGCCACAGCCAUUGCCAGUGGGAGGUGGGGGAACAGGCUCAGCCUCUUCAUUGUCUAAAUGAGGCCUAAACAUGUGAAGUGCGAUUUCUGCUUUUGUGUACCCCCCACCCCAUUACCACAGCUGCCUUUGUGUUUGUGUCAAUAAAAAGCCAAACCCUGGA